AUGCAGUUCUACUAUAUCUGCUUGGCGAUAGCGGCGGUUUGCAGAGCAGACACGUCGUACGUCAACUGUUUUGCGAGCUUACCAUCAGAUUUCAGUUUCAACAACAACAACCAGUAUCAGACGAGCUCUCUAUGCUACGAUACAUGCAAGGGCGUAAACGCGAAGUACAUAGCGCUCCACAACGGCGGAGACUGCUAUUGUGGGAACUCAAAUCCUACGAGCAGCCAAAGCACCAGCUCACAGUGCAACGUGAAAUGUAACGGUUACGGACAGGAUAUGUGUGGUGGGGCUUCAGCGUUUUCGGUGUUUGGGAUCACAGAGAACCUAGGAGGUGAGGUGAGUGGGUCGAGUUCCGGAUCGCAAUCUUCCGCAGCAUCGUCGUCCUCGUCCUCGUCUUCGGCAUCGUCUUCAUCAUCAGCUUCAGGUUCGUCGUCGUCUCCUUCGUCAGUUUCUUCUGCAGCAGCUUCAACUUCGUCCCAGUCCGCCACAAGCGCUGGAUCAAGCAGUCCAGCCGCUACUUCUGGUGCGUCGUCCACCGCCACAAAUUCCAACACCAACGUUGUGACUUCGACGCAGACGUCCGGUGGCUCCGUUCGCCUCGUCACACAAAUCGUUACAGCAAGCCCGCCGGCUUCUUCGUCGAAUGGAAACAAUGACAACAACAGUAACAACAAAUCCCAAAAACCUAAGAAUUUGGGCGCCAUUAUAGGGGGCGUAGUGGGAGGUGUUUGCGGCGCUGCCGCGAUUGCCGUGCUCGUGUUGUUAGUCCUGCGGCGUAUGAGCAAAAAGCGCGAACAGGAGCGGAUGGAAAAAGAGUACCAAGAAGCCAUCAAGCCCGUCGAUUUUGACGAAACUUUGUACCGUUCGUCGAUGUCAACAGCCAAGGGUCCCAAUCCCAACCCUUUUGACGACACCCGUCGGAUCAGCAACGGGUCCCUGCUAGUAGAUCAGGGCGGUGUCCCGGAUCAAAAUGCCCAGAAAACCCUCACAGUUGCCAAUCCUGACGCUUGA